AUGGAAAAGAUUUUAAAGUCUUUCGGGUUAAAGUCUUUCGGUGAUCACAGGCGUUCGUUUCAGGAGCAGGGCACGUACGCUGAUUUCGUUGAAGGCUUGAAGGUGUUCGACAAGGAGGAAUGUGGAAAGAUCCUUUGCGCAGAGCUCAGACACAUUCUUCUCGCUCUCGGAGAACGACUCUCAGCCGAUGAGGUCGAUGAACUGCUGAAAGGAGUUGAAGACGCUGAGGGUAUGGUCAAAUACGAGGAAUUUAUCAAGAAGGUGCUGGCUGGUCCAUUCCCCGACUCGGAUUGA